AUAAUUCUCACUUUAUUUUGUUUCAGCAAUUGUAUCCUGUGAGCUGCUCUAAAAAGAAUAAGAACAUACUAGACCAGCAUUGUCGUGUUUUUUGCAGAAGAUUACCAGGAAGCAAUCAUGGAUGUUGAUUCGCAGCCAGUGAUGGAUGAAACAAUUCUGGUUGGUGAUGAUUUAAUGACGGGGCCUCCAUCACCUGUAGUACCAUCAGAAAUAGCCUCCCAUGUACUCCAAGGUGUUGAUUUGUGUGAUGGAAUUCUCAGGAAUCUCUUCCUCUGCUUGCAAAUCAAUGACAUCGAACCAUUUUGUCAGGAUGAAAUUGCUUUAUAUAAACAAUGUGCUGAAAGAAGGGAUAAGGAGAUACGAAAGCGGCUUCAAGAUAGUGAAUUCAAAUUGGGUUCAUCAAUGCCUCUGGAUGAAGCCAAGGGGAGGGCCUCUCAGCUCGAGGCAGAAGUUACAUCGCUGGAGAGGCACCUAAUUCUUGCUAGUGGAAUUGAGGGCAUUGAAGGUUUCCGUCAAAGAUGGAGCUUGCAUGGCCGCCUCACUGAUUCCAAAAAUAGGUUGCAGUUCUUAAAGCAAGGCAUAGAUAGCAGGAAAAAGUGAUGAUUCCAUUAGGGAAUCAGCUACCAAAAUUUGACUCUUGAGGUGAAGUUGAAUCAGCAUUAGGGUCGAACCAUAUUAUGUCUGUUCA